UAUUACUUCCUGGUUGGGAAAUCGUGUAGACUGGCCAGAGUCCGCGUUUCCCCUAAAUUUUACCAACUCUUCCUUUGAAAACUUGUUGAUCAACCCGGCAGAAUUGAAAUCAUGUCAGUUCAUCCUUUUGGAUCGGAGCCUAUCUCUUGCCAUGCCUGGAACAAGGAUAGAUCCCAAGUUGCAAUCUCUCCAAAUAACCAUGAAGUUGUCAUCUACAAGAAACGAGGUUCUGGCUGGGAGAAAACUGACACCUUGACUGAGCAUACUCAGCGAGUAACUAGCAUCGACUGGGCCCCUGAGAGUAACAGACUUCUUACUUGUGGAGCUGAUCGUAAUGCUUAUGUCUGGACACUUGUGGACGGUGUGUGGAAGCCAACUUUGGUCAUCCUUAGGAUCAACAGGGCAGCAACAGUCUGCAAAUGGUCUCCUCUAGAAAAUAAGUUUGCUGUUGGAAGCGGAGCUCGUCUGAUAGCUAUUUGCUUCUUUGAGAAAGACCAUGACUGGUGGGUCAGCAAGCACAUCAAGAAACCCAUAAGGUCUACCAUCACCAGUAUUGAUUGGCACCCAGACAACUGCCUCAUUCUCUGUGGCUCCUCAGACUUCAAGGCACGUGUCUUCUCCACGUACGUCAAGGAACUCGAAAGCAAGCCAAAGGAAUGCUGCUGGGGCAAGAAGAAAUCCUUUGGAAAUUUGAUGGCGGAGUUCUCUAAUGGUGGAGGUAACGAAGUAAAAGAUGGCCCUGCUAUGAAAAAAUCCCUUGGUGGUUGGGUCCAUGAUGUCUCCUUCUCCGCCAGUGGGCUAAAGCUUGCCUGGGUGGGUCAUGAUUCCAGUCUCUCUGUCAUUGACGGAGGCAAUGGCCUACAGGUUGCGACGGAGAAGACCAAGUUCCUUCCAUUCACAACAGUUCUCUGGGUUACUGAAAACCAGCUGGUUGUCGCUGGACAUGACUGCUGCCCCAUGCUCUUCUCCCAUGAUGGUGGAAAACUGACUUUCCUGCACCAGCUUGAUGCCAGCAAAGAGAGUGAAUCGACCGGCAAAGUUAGUGCGAUGAAGAGGUUCCAGGAUCUCGACAAGAAGGGGAGGGAUGCUGAUUCCGCCCAGUUUAGUUACAAGCACAAGAAUACCAUCACUCAGUUAGCAAUUGUUGGUGGUGACAAGAACCGUGUUACCCAGUUCUCGACCAGUGGUGUCGAUGGGAACAUCUGCGUUUGGGACUUCAAGACCCUUGAAUCCCAGAUUGCUGGUCUCAGGAUUUGCUAAUCUAAGGAAAUGCCAACACAACCUCAGACGACAUGGAUUUCAUUAUAUUUGACAUUCUAUAUAUCAUAAUAAGAAUGAUUAUGUCCACAGUUUGUGAUAGAGAUCAACAUUCUAUGGUGGUUGUCUAAGGACUUACAAAUUCCUUAACCAUUUACAUUGUGCAUGCAGUAAACAUUAUUAAUCCAGUGCGGUAUGAUAGUUGUCAAACGUAACAUCAUGAGUCUAGGCAGAUAGUAGGUGAUCAUUUCUUAUCAAGAUUGAACGUAGUUGAUGUAGUGCUCCAGUUGUCACGACGCAUUUCGACGGUAUUCAUUCAGUUGUAACGUAAUACUGUAAACCCCUCAAUUUCAUCAAGUUUAUCCAACACUAGUUGUCCGCAACAGAGUAACAUUUCUACCGGUAUUUAAUUUUGAUUGAGCCAAUAUUUUCUAAUUAAUACUUGGCUCAGAUUAUAGUGCGACAGAAAUAUGCGGGCGAACCUCAUGUACAGUACUGGCAUCAGCAUCAGCAGACUGCCAAACAACUGUUGCUUGAACCUCAAUUGUUCAGAAUGUAUUUUGUUUAAAAACUUUGUUUAGUUUCUCUCCUCUUGAUUAUGGAUCACUCACAUGGUUUAAGUUUUUUCAUCAGAAUAUGUUAACUUGUAUAUUAUGUUUCUAAAUACAAAUUGCUUAACGAUA